ACGCAACAUCUCCCUACAGGAAGUAUGUGUUUUCCAGUCGGUGAUGAACCGAUUAAGGCUAACUACAAUAAGACGCAGAGACAAACAAGUGUGAAUCAGAGAUUUAUUUAUUAAUUAAUUUUUUUAACAAAGCAGGCGCAGGACAUAAUGAUUUUGAUUCGUCAAGUAUGAUAUCUGAUAGGGUUUUAAAGUCGCUGUCUAUGAGGAAACGACGUCUGGGGAGGAAACAUUAGCUAAAUCUACAGCAACAUAAAGUAGUAUGCUGGAAGUAGGGAAGUGGCCAGUGUUUGCUCUCCUUUCUCCUGAGGAACUGCGGCUCAUCCGGCAGGCCUGCGUCUUUGGCAGUGCAGGCAAUGAAGCACUGUAUGUUACAGUUAAUGAUGAGGUUUUUGCACUGGGCACCAACUGCAGCGGCUGUUUAGGUCUUGGAGAUCUUCAAAGCACAAUCGAACCACGCAGGAUUGAUGUUUUGUGUGGAAAGAAGAUUGUCUCCCUGAGCUAUGGCACAGGACCUCAUGUUGUUAUUGCUACUGCAGAUGGAGAGGUUUUCGCCUGGGGCCACAAUGGAUACAGCCAGCUGGGCAAUGGGACCACCAACCAUGGCUUGACCCCUGCCCUGGUGUCCACCAACCUUCUGAACAAGAGAGUGACAGAAGUGGCCUGUGGUUCUCACCACACUAUAGCUCUGACCACUGAUGGAGAGGUUUACGCUUGGGGUUACAACAACUCAGGCCAAGUUGGAUCAGGGUCCACUGCGAACCAACCCACACCACGCCGCGUCAGCAGCUGCAUUCAGAACAAAGUGGUGGUGAAUGUGGCCUGUGGUCAGCUCUGCUCCAUGGCUGUGCUGGACAAUGGAGAGAUCUACGGUUGGGGUUAUAAUUGCAACGGUCAGCUUGGUCUGGGCAACAAUGGAAACCAGCAGACACCGUGUAGGAUUGCAGCUCUUCAAGGAAUCAAUAUUGUCCAGGUUGCCUGUGGUUAUGCACAUACUUUGGCUCUAACAGAUGAGGGCGCUGUUUAUGCCUGGGGGGCAAACUCGUAUGGACAGUUGGGAACUGGCAAUAAGAGUAACCAAGCUUUACCAACCCAAAUAAACAUAGACAAGGAGAGGAUGGUGGAGGUGGCUGCUUUUCACACCAGCCACACAUCAGCCUCAAAGACCCAGAGCGGUCAGGUUCUGAUGUGGGGUCAGUGUCGAGGUCAGGCCGUGGCCAGUCCGCACGUCACCCACUUCAGCACUACAGACGAUGUGUUUGCGUGUUUUGCCACUCCUGCAGUGACGUGGCAUCUCCUGUCAGUGGACGGUGACGAUCACCUGACUGUGGCUCAGUCUUUAAAGAAGGAGUUUGACAGUCCAGAGAUCUCGGACCUGAAGUUCCUGGUGGACGGGAAGUGUAUCCAUGUUCAUAAAGCCCUCCUGAAGAUCAGAUGUGAACAUUUCCGUGCACUGCUUAAUGAAACAGACGAGGACGCCAUAGAAAUCGACCAGUUCUCAUAUCUGGUGUACAGAGCUUUUCUUGAAUAUCUGUACACAGACACAAUUAACCUGCCACCAGAGGAUGCUGUUGGGCUGCUGGACUUGGCAACAUUCUACAGAGAGACGAGAUUGAAGAGGUUGUGCCAGGAAACUAUCAAAAGAGGCAUUUCUGAGGAGAAUGCCAUCACGCUGCUCUCUGCUGCUGUCAAGUAUGAGGCCAGGGACCUUGAGGAGUUCUGCUUCAAGUUUUGCGUCAACCACCUAACCGCUGUCACGCAGACGCAGGCUUUUGCCGAAAUGGACCACAACCUGCUCAAGAACUUCAUCAGCAAAGCCAGUCGCUAUGGGGCCUUUAAGAACUGACUAUAGAAGCCCCCGUGGUGUUGAGUGCGACCAAGGUGCCGACCCCCAGACCAAAGUAAACACAAGGCUGAUCACUACUUCAAAGUUUUGUCACCUGGGACGUAAACGUAAACACUGGAGAGACGAAAGAUAUAGGGUUUCUCCCACUAACUGAUGCCUCUGUGUUUCUGCCCUGAAGUCGACCAAUCGGAGGGGUCACCUGAUGGGUCAAUAAAUACUGCACUAGACAAUCAAUCACGAGAAAAACGUCAUGGGGGCUCAGGUAUGUGCCACGCUGGGGUCGUCCUGUUGUCAUUUCUGUUAUUGAUGAAGUGACGACUGACUGUGGCGCUGAUCUGUCCGAGGGUUUUUUUGUUUGUGAAAUUAUGUGUUGCAAUGGUUUUUCUCACGGCAGCAAACACCUCUUGAACUGCAAGCCUGACUGCAAAAGUAAUCACUGGUUUGGGUGUUGACCUUUAUUAUGGUUUCAGGAGCAUUUCCACAUCUGAGCAACAGCCCUAACACAUGACCGUUCUGCUUCUGAGACAUUAAGAAUUUCUGGGGGCGUAGAAUGUGAUCGUCAGCUGGAUCAUCCACUAUGAGCCUGGAGAUGUGGGUGAUGUUGUGGGGCAGUCGGGUCAAAGUCACGCCUAAUUUCAGCAGUUAGUCACAUACAGUGUCCACUUUAUCUUCUCUGUCCAGUCAUCUUUUUUAAGAAGUGAGGAUCAGUAGUCUGUGUUUUAUUGGACAUGUCACAAGAGUGGAGUAAAGACAUGUAGGAAGUGAUGUGAGAAUUUUAUUUUUAAACAUAAUCAGACUGCUAGUGUUUGUUUCUGUGCCCUCUUCGUCAUAGACACACUCAUACUUUCCAUUACAGCCUAAAUAAUCUGCAGUAGUACGUCUUGGGCACCAAAGGCAUCAAUGAAAAAAAAAACAAAAACAUGUGGGUGCAUGUCAGAAUCACAAUAACUAUUAAUCAUUGCAGCCUUACGGGGCUGAGAACAUGUCACAUCUGUAACUACUUUGUCAAAACAAAUCCAAAAAUGUCUUUGCAUAGUUUCCUGUCUUGGAUUUGCAAACCAUGUCUAACAUAUCGGGUCAGCUAGGAAAUGAGUUAUGAUUACUUGGUAUGUAGGCUUUAUAAAGUUAUAUAAAAUAGCAAUGUCAAAUUGUGAUUUAAAUCUGUUACUUCUCACCAAAGACCAUAGAGAACAUCUGCACUUUAAGCUGUUGUGGACACAAAAGUUGAAGGUCCACUGCUGGUUUGAUUGGCAACUGUCCACUCCCUACUCAUAUCAGAAGUAAGGAUUUGCAGUGCUGAAAUUAAAAGAUAACACUUUUGAACCUACUGGUGGAGGAUGCAGUGGAUCAACAGCUUCUUUGUGCAAUGAUGUCAAAUCCCUUAUUUCCUGAGUGGACUUCAGUGCCGAGAAAAAGAAAAGGUUGUCUCAAAAUGAAGAAGACGAGAGGCUACAGUCACUUCUUCUCUCUCUGUUUGAUGAGACAUGUUGAGAGCAAGUGUGAAGGUUUAACUGGGAUCACAGGAGUGUUGUUGAUGUUUGGGUGGGGGCGGGGGGCUUGAACUAUUCCUUUAACUAUUCCUGGGUAGUUUGUUCUAUUGUGCACAUGAUGACUGAUCAGUGGUGACAGGAGGUGAUUAGAAAUUUACAAGUCAACAUUGCAUGACCUUUGACAUUGUGCUGCUUUCUUGACCCUCAAACCCUCCACUGAAAUAUUUGGCAGAGACAAAAACAAACAAGCAAUCUCAGUUAAGUCUACAUCUACACAACAGUAUUCUUUUACAUUUGUAAUAAUUCUUACUAACGACCUAAUUACUACUAACGAAAGACCACACAACAGCAUAAUCUCAGAGGUUAAAAAAAAAACCCAAAGCUUUAAUAUAAAAACCCACACGACUUUAUCCUCAAGGUCAGAGUACUGCUAAUGGCAGAAAAGUGAAAACAUGUUCAUCCAAGACUAAAUAUGUUUUAUUUUUGGUCAGCAUUGUUAAUCAGAAUCUGUUACACUGUGCUUUCACCUCUUCCUGUGCUCAAAACGUCAUUACAUGUGCAAUGAAACAUCAACCAGUUCAUCACAAGACCAUUGAAGUGCAUCUUUUACCGAGUUAUGGUAAAAGUUGAGCUAAUAAAAUGUUGAACCACUGUUUAUUGAGUCAGUCACAUACAGUAAUUCUGUUUUUGUUGCCCACUCCUGACUGUAUUCAACAUUUACAGAUUAGUGCAAACUCUCAUACUCCCCUGAACGCCAUCAGCUGGUUUAUUAAGGGCGAGCUACACCAGUGCUCUCUGGUGUAGCUCGCCCUCAGGACAUAUGAACACUUCAGUCUGUGAUGAACCAAAUGUUUACGUUUUUUGUUUAUUUACUCUGACAUAGCUUGAUGUCCUAGAACAAAGAACAGUUCUUUGUGUGGAAGCUUGCAAUGAUUUCUGCCAUUUUUUAUUUGUUUUAAAGUAAAGUUUCUAAGAAGCAUCCUAAGGGUGUUGUAGCCUCGGGUACAAUAUGUUACACCUACUGCAUGUUUACUUUAGUUUAGGUAAAUGUUGCUGUGAAAUUUGUGUGACUUUUAGACUGUGUGUAACAAUGGAUGAAGGCGACGUGAGCCAAUGAAAACAUCUGGAAACAGUAGUUUUGCUGGAGGUAUACAGAGGUGAAGAAUAGAAACUGCUCCAAACAAAUACUCACUGACUUAAAUAUUUAUCCUAAAGACCUCUAUUGUUAAAAAAAAAAAAAAUCACCCAAUUUCUCU